AGGAAGGGGGAGCUGCUGGAGCCUGGCAUGGAGCCCGGGGAAAGGAAGAGGCUCUUGUCCGCCUCACUGGAAGGAGACUGGAGAGAAGAGAACAAAAUAAAACGAGGAAUUUCCCAAGACUUGUCUCCUUCCCCCAAAUUAGACAGAUACAGAAUGGCAAGACAACUGACGGAAAAGGCCAUCAAGGAAAAGAAGAUCUUCUCCAUCUACGGACACUACCCAGUGAUCCGGGCCACCCUGCGGAGGAAGGGCUGGGUGGAAAAGAAGCUGCACUUUCUGCCCAAGGUCACUGCCAAUGUCGAAGACGAAGGGGCUGCUGAGAGUAAACGUGCUGAAGGCAAAGAAAACCAGGAAGUGGCCUUGGAGGAAACGGACGACAUCCACGAUGUGAUGUCCAGGUUGGUGAAAAAUGAGAUCCCCAACUUCCUCUGGACGAUCAAACGAGACUCCAUCGACUACCACAGCCUGAGCUGUGACCAGAUGCUGAACCACUACGGGAGGACAGCUUCCUUCACCACCAAGAUCGGGCUGUGCGUGAACAUGAGGAACCUGCCAUGGUAUGCCCAGGCCAACCCCGACACCUUCUUCCCGCGCUGCUAUGGCCUGGGCUCCGACAGCGAGAAGCAGGAGUUCCUGGAUGACUUCCGGCGCACAGUGGCCUCCAGCAUCCUCAAGUGGGUGGUCAGCCACCAGCACUGCCCCAGGAGCCAGGCCCAGAGCGGGAGCGAGGAGGAAGCCGAGGACAGCUGCCCCGGCAGCCAGAAAGGUCCUGAGAACGAAUCGAAGCUCACUGGCCUCCCCGGACAGCUCGUGGACAUGGCCUGCAAGGUGUGCCAGGCUUACCUGGGGCAGCUGGAGCACGAGGACAUCGACGUCUCCGAGGACGCUGCCGGGGACCUGACUGAGAGGGAGUGGAAGCUGCUGACUGAGCAGUACUACUCCCUCGUUCAUGACAACGCUUUCAUCUCCAAUUCAAGAAAUCACUUUUCACAGUGCCAGGCUCUGCUGAAUAAAAUCUCUUCUGUGAACCCUCAGACAGAGAUCGACGGGCUUCGAAACAUUUGGAUCGUCAAGCCUGCAGCCAAGUCCCGGGGCCGAGACAUCGUGUGCAUGAACCGUGUGGAGGAGAUCCUGGAGCUGGUGGCUGCAGACCACCUCUCUGCCAAGGACAAGUGGGUGGUGCAGAAGUAUAUUGAGACCCCACUGCUCAUCUACGACACCAAGUUCGACAUCAGGCAGUGGUUCCUGGUCACCGACUGGAACCCCCUGACCAUCUGGUUCUACAAGGAGAGCUAUCUGCGGUUUUCCACACAGCGCUUCUCCCUGGACGACCUGGACGGGGCUAUCCACCUCUGCAACAACUCCAUCCAGAAGCACCUGAAGAACGACAAGGACCGCAGCCCCCUGCUGCCCUACCACAACAUGUGGACCAGCACCCGGUUCCAGGAGUACCUGCAGAAGAGGGGCCGCGGGUCCGUGUGGAGCGGCGUCAUCUACCCGUCCAUGAAGCAGGCCAUCGCCAACACCAUGAAGGUGGCCCAGGAGCACGUGGAGCCGCGCAAGAGCAGCUUCGAGCUCUACGGCGCCGACUUCAUCCUGGGCCACGACUUCAAGCCCUGGCUGAUCGAGAUCAACUCCAGCCCCACCAUGCACGCGUCCACGCCGGUCACGGCCCAGCUGUGCGCACAGGUGCAGGAAGACACCAUCAAGGUGGUCGUGGACCGCAAGGGCGACCGCAACUGCGACAUCGGCAACUUCGAGCUGCUGUGGCGACAGGCCCCGGUGGACCUGCCCCCCAUCUAUGGGUCUGACCUCUGUGUAGAAGGCGUCAGCGUGAGGAAAGCCAGGAAGCAAAUGCCACCCAUUUCCAACCUAAAAUUUUCGUCUUCGCUCCUGGACUCUCAGCCGCUGAGAGUGAGGUGCCCCACGGCCAUGCCCGACCUGGUGCCCGGAUCCCCGCGGACGGCUCUCCAGCAGGACUCAAAGCUACAAGAUGGAAAGGCUCGUCGCACUCCCGUGUCUCCUUCCACCGUGGUGCUGGGCGAGGGCCAGGCCCCUCCCAUGCCACCGCAGCAGGACUCCCGGGCCCUCCGCUGUCAGGGGGCGACGCAGGUUUUGGAGGAGCCCCUGCAGAUUCUCCGGGCUCAAGCUGGGGUGUCAGCCCCCUGA